UUCACUUUCAGAUACUACUAGAUCUUGGCCAUGACUGCUGCUUCUUUCCAAACCUCCGCAGCAGUGUUUGCCCUACUUACCCUGCAUGUGGGUGCCCUGAAUACUUUCACAGCCGCGGUGUACGAACAUGCCGUCAUACUGCCAAAUAAAACACUGACACCGGUUUCUCAGCAAGAUGCCUUGGCCCUGAUGAACAAGAAUAUAGAUAUCCUGGAGGAAGUUAUUAAGCAGGCAGCUGAGCAGGGCGCUCAAAUCAUUGUGACUCCUGAAGAUGCUCUCUAUGGAUGGGAAUUUGGAUGGGAAACUGUCUUCCCUUUUUUGGAGGAUGUCCCAGCCCCUGAGGUGGACUGGAUUCCAUGCCGAGACCCUCACAGAUUUGGUCACACACCAGUACAAACAAGACUCAGUUGCAUGGCCAAGAACAACUCUAUCUAUGUCGUGGCAAAUAUUGGGGACAAAAAGAAGUGUAACUCCCAGGACUCCACCUGCCCUUCCACUGGCUAUUUUCAGUACAAUACCAAUGUGGUGUACAACGCGGAGGGGAAACUGGUGGCUCGUUAUCAUAAGCACCACCUCUACGGUGAGUUUCAAUUUAAUGCCACUAGAAAGCCAGAAGUGGUGACAUUCGACACCACCUUUGGAAAGUUUGGUAUUUUCACCUGCUUUGAUAUACUCUUCCGUGAGCCUGCUGUGCGACUGGUGGAAGAGUCCCAAGUCGACACCAUAUUGUUCCCAACAGCUUGGAUGAAUAGCUUACCCUUUCUGACAGCUAUUGAAUUUCAUUCAGCUUGGGCAAUGCAAAUGAGAGUGAAUCUUCUUGCUGCUAACCUACAUCAUACCAGUAAAAGGAUGACAGGGAGUGGCAUCUAUGGCCCGAAGGGCCCCAGCGUGUAUCACUAUGAUAUGGAAACGGCAUCGGGACAGCUCCUCCUCUCCCAGGUGGACUCCCACCCCCGGCGCUCCCCUGACUACCCCGCAGCUGUCGACUGGGACGCCUAUGCCAGGAGCAUCAAACCAUUCCCAACACAGAAGCAUGCCUUUGGGGGCAACGUUCACGCUGACCAGUUCAACUUCACCGAGCUGUAUGAACGUGCAGGAAACCUUACUGUCUGCCAGAAAGAGCUCUGCUGUCAUUUAAGCUACAGAAUGUUAGGAAAAGAAGAGAGUGAAGUCUAUGUUCUAGGAGCUUUCACGGGACUCCACGGGAAAAGGGCGAAAGAGUACUGGCAGGUCUGCACGUUGCUGAAAUGCAAAACGACUAUCUUGACAUCUUGUGGAGAGGUGGUAGAAACUGCUUCUACAAGAUUUGAAAUGUUCUCUCUAAGUGGCACCUUCGAAACCGAGUAUGUUUAUCCCGAAGUGUUACUUAGUAAAAUUCAGCUGUCACCUGGAAAAUUUGAGGUACUAAAAGAUGGACGUUUGGUAGACAAGAAUGGGACAUCUGGACCUAUUGUAACCGUGACACUGUUUGGAAGGUGGUACGAAAGGGACAGACUUCAGAAUUCAGCCAAGACCAGCAAUUCAGCAAUACACUUCCUACUGAUCGCCACAUCAUUCAUGAUCACAGCUUUGCAAAAUAUUGCCAUGACAUAGACAAUUUAGCAUACUUACCUUUGCAACAUAUAGUUUGCUAAAUGUGUCAAUCAUUCGAUGAAACUUGGAAGGACUGUGCCAGUAGUAGUGGAUUACCAAUCAUUUCUAUUUUUUUCUCAAGGAAGAUUUUAAGAUUACAGUACAUUUGUCCCCUUUGACUGCUACCAAUCCAUAGACGAUUGAGUCAGAGAAAUGGAGUUCAUUGUGCAGCGUUUGUAUGUCUGAGAGGAGGCAGAGAGAAGAACUUUAAAGCAGCAGUUCCAGGACAUUGAAAAUAGAGUUUUGUCCUUUGGAGGGAACAGUUACGAUUGAAAUGGAGUCAUCACUGAACUCCAUCUGACAUGAAAUCAAUCUGAACUCUCCUGCUUUUAAAAUUAUUUUUACUUUUUUAUUUAAUGUGUUUUGGUGAGAGUUUACAUAGCAAAUUAAGCAAUUUCUAUACACAUCAUUCAAUGAUUGGCUAUAUUUGCCACAUUAUAUCAACAUUCUUUUUCUUUUUUUAUAAAGGUUUUUUUGAUGUUGUAUUGACAACUCAUAUUACCCCCGUGGUUAAAUAACUGAAAGUCAGUUAUAUAUACAUCAUCACAAUCAAUUCCAGUGCCCACUAGCCCCUCUUGGAUUCCUUGUUUGCUCCCAAGUCCCCUCGUCAUCUCUGUCUGCCCCAUCCCCGAUAAACCCUGGCAUCAGUUACUAUGCAUCUGUUCCUUUUGUGCUUCACCAAACUGGGAAACCCAGCAGUAACAACAACAACAACAACAACAACAACAAGAUAAAAUGGCAAGA